AUGACGAACCCGAGCUCUGGCAAUUUAGAAAAGGCUGAUAAGCUUUUAGCAUAUUUGGCUAAGAAAAUUGAAGAGAACAGACCAGCAAAUGUCGUUUACUUCAUUGUCGAUGUUCUAUGCACUUACUAUCCUACACAUUCGCCUUAUUUCUCGAAAAUAUGGCAUUAUGACAAAGAAUUGGAUGUUGAAAAGCAGAAUGUUCGCGAAUUUUUCAAACAUAACAAUUCCACCUCGACAAUAGCUCAACAUUUUAUAAACGCGGGCUUCGAUUGUCUUGACUCCCUGACAUUUUUAACCACCGAUAUUUUGGAAGAGAUUCAGGCAUACAACAAUGUACAAUGGCUUCCUGGUCACAAAGUGAGAGUUAAUCAAAUAUUCCAAAACAUCCACACCUUGGUAAAGGAAUUUAACGACCUCAUGAAGACCAAGAAGAGAACAAAGUUGCACUUUCACGGACAUGAACACACGACCACACACUUUGAUUACACAGGCACUGUGAGAGGUGGAAACGCCACCGUAGGAUUCUACACACACAAGCCGAACUUGGAAGAUAUGAUGCCAACCCAAGACCAGAAACUUAACACACGCACAAACCUAAGAGCACUGUAUAACCUGGACCAUAUUGCAAGUUUGUCUGCAGAAGCAGCCACAAACAAAGCAGUAGACGUUUUGAACAACGAAAUAUAUGGUGAAGCAGCGAAUAACACACACUACACAGUAAAACAAGGAGAUUUAUCAUAA